CCUUCCCCUCCCCCUCCUCCCCCAUCAGGGAAGCUCGGAGAGGCUCAUAGAAGGUGAGUGAAGCUCCCAGACACCGGCUGAGGGGGACAUGUGGGGCCCCCAGAGAUCGGCAAUGGGGGGGCCAUGUGACACCUGAGCGAUCACCCCGGUGCUGGCUGUGCAGGAACCCGAAAGGCGCGCUUCUCCCCCGUUUCACGCUUCCGUCACCAUGAGCUGCCAGGGGGGGAAGGGAGACGAGAUCCGAUCAUCGCCAAUCCCUUUAUUAUGUCUCCGGCGAUAAGAGAAACUUGGGGAUCUAGAAGGACUUUCAUGGACGUUUCCCCGGAACCAGUGGUUUGAUCCCAAUGAAGGGACAUGAACGCUGGAUCACACGCAAAGGUUUUUUAGUUCAUAGAUAACGUUUCCCGAACCCCACACACAGGUUGGCCUUCCGGUUGUGAAGAUUGGGGGGUCCCUGAAGUUGGCUGUACAAUGAUGGAGACUCAGCCGGCCCACAUUGGGGCCCACAUGGGGGCCCAAGAUAUUUAUGACUUCUGUGAGGAUGCCGACGCUAUCGGGAGGCUGAACACGGCGCCGUUACCAGCGGAGAUGAUGGCGUUGCCUCCGGAGAAGGCCAUUGGUGGUGUGAAUGAUGGCGGUGCCAUGGAAAUUUCUGAGCGGCCCAAUAAGAAGAGGAAGCGAUGCGGGGCUUGUGCACCAUGCCUGAGAAAAGAAGCAUGCGGCCAGUGUUACAACUGUGUCAACCGGAGCACCAGCCACCAGAUCUGCAAGAUGAGGAAAUGUGUGGAGCUGAAGAAGAAGCGAAUGGUGCCGAUAAAAGAGGUUGUAAAUGAGGAGAGCCCCAAAAUCCUGCCAAAGGAGGGAGUUCAGAGCGUGAAGAGUUGUUCAGAAAGCACUUCAAUUGAUGGACCCGAAACAGACCAAAUUGAAGCGGGGCCAGUUAAUCAUGUUCAAGAAGGAAGGCUGAACCUGGAAUGUGACCCUGGCCUGCUAAAUAAGGGAUGCAAAGACUUACAAAACGGCCUUUUAAUGGAAACAAAUUCGUGGUUAAGCAAUAUCCCUGUUCCUCAAAACUCUGGAGACAAAAUCAGUUGGGACAACCCUCCUGUACCUAAUCAUGCUGCUAUCAACGACAGCUCAAGUCUAGAAGAUGCCAAAAACCUAGUAGCAUUCUCUGCUGUAGCCGAGGCCAUGUCUUAUGGCAUUCCAAGAUCAGGGACUCCCUCAAUGCCAUCAGUGCAGCUAUAUGAAAAAUUUAACUAUGAGAUGAACAGAGAAAGCUCUGGCCCCUCGGCACACAAACCUCUCGAUUGUCCAGAAGAUCUAAAUACUCUAAAGACAGCUCUUCAACGUGCAAAACAUGGCGUGAAGCCUCCAAAUUGUAACUGUGAUGGGCCAGAGUGUCCAGAUUACUUAGACUGGUUGCAGAAUAAGAUCAAAGGUCACCCAGAAAGCUCACAGCACCGUCUGAGUCACAUAGGAAGGGAAAUGAUCGAUAAUUCGUAUCCUAAAGAUCAGGUGCUUUCCCUAGAAAACAAAACUACAAAAUGUACAUCUGGUCCUCUUCCCUUUUCUCAGAAUGCAUUGAGUAUUGCAAAAGAGAAGAACAUUAGUCUUCAAACUGCAAUUGCAAUUGAAGCUCUUACACAACUCUCCUCUGCACUUCCACAGCCAAACACAGAUUCUCCCCAUGGCCCACCCCAGUCCUCUGUACCCAACCAUGGACAUCUACCAUAUUUCCCAUCAGCGAGAAAUGACCAAGGUCAUGGCUUGCCAAUAUCCUGCAAUGAACUCUUUCACAAUCAGCAGUACACUGGUAAAAAUGCACUUCCAAUGUCACAGCCUGCAAGGCAUACUUCUUGGGAACAAACCAAAAAGGCAAGUUUUCAAGAAGAGCAAUACAUUCCAGAAAAUCACCUCGCUCACGGCUCCCCUGUACUGAAGAACCAGAUCUCCACCCCUCAAAAGCCAGAAUUCAUGCAGCAGUGGGUUCAAACUCCGGAGCAAUUAAAAUCACCUUCAGAUCCCAUGACUGGGUUAAAGCAAUUGCUUGGAGAUGCAAAUGAUUACAUUAAAUCAGUGUUCAAAGGACCCGAAUCCUUACCCACCAAAGUCAAAAAGUCAAGACAAAGUUCCGUGAAAAAAGAAGCAGCAGAAAUGUACAAAAUGUCACCAAAUCAACAGCAGAUGUCGUCUCCGCUGUUCCAAGAGGCGGAUUUUCAUAGGACAGCUCAGGCGGCACUCCAGCAACAUCUUCACCAUAAACGCAACCUUUUCUUAGAUUCAAACAGUGUGCAGGAAGGUUCACAAGAACAACCUCAUUGGUGGGUCCCAAAUUCCCAAAAGGUUCCAAAGACCGUAGAUAAACCCGUGAAGGAGAGGAAAAAAAGAGGACAGUCCCCUUCAAAUAAAAAAGCAGAGCUGAAAAUUAAAACUCCACGGAAACCAAUACAAAUUAAAAAGCCGAGACAAAAAGAUGGGCAGCCUGUGUUCAUGCCUCAGACCCAGAUCAACAUAGAAGAGUUUCGGCAUGCUCCAAGUGUAGAACCUCAGCCAAAACAAAAUGACCAUCGAUCUAUUCCUAACCUUGAUAACCAAUAUAAUUCAAACACUCAGGAAUUGUGCACUGAAAGUCAAGGUGAUGGACAAGGCAGUGGUUUGUCUCAUUCGGUUUUGCGAACUAAUGCUUUGGGUCAAAAAGAUUCAUGUUCCAGGUCUUCUAUAGAAGAAACUAGCUCCAGCUCUGGACCACGUGACUCUAAUGAUCAACAAGCAAGCACAGGCAAUGCUUCUGCUCAGAAUGAGUCUAUUGAUGACAAAUUUGAAGAUCUAAUUAGGCAGUUUGAAGCUGAAUUUGGUGAACAAUUUCCACUCCCUGGUGCAGAGAUUCCAUCUCAAAAUGGUGGAGGUCCUCCAAAAUCGGCAAUGGAGUUACAAUCGAAACUUCCAUUUCCUUCCCAAAUGUUACCGGCUGACACCACCACACGCUCGCUUACCCAUUCUAACCCAACACUUUCAAACACAUCUCUACCACAGCAGAUGCCCGAUAACCUUGAGAACCUCUUCUCCUCAAAAUCUCCUAAAAAUAUCAAAAUUGAAUCUUCUGGUGCUCUUACAGUGGUGUCCACCACAUGCUUCUACUCAGAGGAAAAUCAGCAACUUGACGGAACUCCUACAAAAAGUGAUCUGCCUUUUAAUCCUACGCUUGCUGGGUUUUUAGAAUCCCCAAUGAAUUAUCUGACCUCACCGACCAAGAGCUUACUGGACACUCCAGCUAAAGCAGCUCAGGCUGAAUUCCCAACUUGUACAUGUGUAGAGCAAAUCAAUGAGAAGGACGAAGGACCCUAUUACACCCACCUGGGGUCCGGACCCUCCGUGCCGUCCAUCCGAGAGCUGAUGGAGGAGAGAUACGGAGAGAAAGGGAAAGCGAUUCGCAUUGAGAAAGUCAUUUAUACGGGAAAGGAAGGGAAGAGCGCCAGAGGUUGUCCCAUCGCCAAGUGGGUGAUCCGGCGGCAGAGCGAGGAGGAGAAGCUCCUGGUUUUGGUUCGGCAUCGGGCCGGUCACACCUGUGAGAACGCCGUCAUCAUCAUCCUCAUCAUGGCGUGGGAGGGAAUCCCCCGAUCCCUCGGAGACUCGCUCUACAGCACCAUCACCGAGACCAUCACCAAAUACGGGAACCCAACCUCCAGGAGAUGCGGCCUGAAUGACGACCGGACCUGCGCAUGCCAAGGGAAGGAUCCCAACACCUGCGGCGCCUCCUUCUCCUUCGGAUGUUCCUGGAGUAUGUACUUCAAUGGGUGCAAGUACGCGCGCAGCAAGACCCCCAGGAAGUUCCGGCUGGUGGGGGAUCACCCCAAGGAGGAGGAUGUUCUGAAGGAGAGUUUCCAGGACUUGGCCACGAAUGUGGCCCCAGUUUACAAGCAGUUGGCCCCCCAGGCGUACACAAAUCAGGUCAACAAUGAGGAAGUAGCAAUGGAUUGCCGGCUUGGUCUGCAGGAGGGACGUCCGUUCUCCGGGGUGACGGCGUGUAUGGAUUUCUGUGCCCACGCCCACAAAGACCAGCACAAUCUCUACAACGGCUGCACUGUGGUCUGCACCCUGACGAAGGAGGAUAACAGGAUGGUGGGGAAAAUUGCUGAAGAUGAACAGCUCCAUGUGCUGCCUCUUUAUAAGAUCUGCAAUACAGACGAGUUUGGGAGCGAGGAGGGCCAGGAGGAGAAGAUCAGGAAAGGAGGACUACAAGUGCUCAACGCCUUCCCUCGAGAGGUCCGCAAGCUUCCCGAACCCGCCAAGUCCUGCAGGCAGAGGCAGCUGGAAGCCAAGAAGGCCGCUGCCGAGAAGAAGAAGCUCCAGAAAGAGAAACUGACAACACCAGAUAAACCCAAGCAGGAGCCGGAAGACCUGAAACCCAACCAGCAGAGCCCAGGUAGGACCCAGCCACCAGUCAAGCCUUGCAUAAAAGUGGAGCCUUCCAAUCCCUACCCUAACUUCAAAUAUAAUGCAAAUGGAGUUGUUGAGAGCUACUCGGUGUUGGGCAGCUGCAGGCCUUCAGAUCCCUACAGCAUGAACAGCGUUUACUCCUACCAUUCUUUCUAUGCACAACCACCUACACUGCCUUCCUUGAAUGGAUAUCAUUCGAAAUUUGCUCUUCCUUCUUUUGGAUAUUACGGCUUUCCCAAUAAUCCUAUGGUCCCUUCCCAGUAUAUGAAUUAUGGUGCCGGUGAUGCAAAGUCUGGCGGGUGGAUGAAUAACAAAAAGUCUGAAAUGCAAUCAGGGUCAGAGGGUAUAAGCCAAGGCUAUGGAAACGAGCAAAACUACGGGAAAUCUGGAGACAGCAGAUCCACCAGCACCCCUCUCCGGACUACCCCCGCUCCCGUAGAUACCACUCCAUAUUUUAACAAAGUCAUUAAGAAGGAGCCUAUGAAUGAUUACUCCUACGAUCCAUUCCAGAGAUCUCCUAGCAUCCAUUCUCCAAGUCCCGCUUUAAAUCUCUCCAUGCCGAAAAAUGAUCAGGCCUUUCCAUUUAAAGCAAAUGGAGCUUUGCCUUUAUCUGAAAGGACGAACUCAGAGGGUUCCCAAAGUAUGUAUAUGACCAGCGAGAAAGCAAAUUUGGUGAAUGGUCUGGAUAAGAGAGAUUAUUAUGGUGCCCAAGCCAAUGGUGUAGGAUUCAAGAACUAUCAUGGACAAAGCAAACAGUGGGGAGCCUAUGGGCUGGAUGCUCAGGCGGUUCAGCGUGACUCCAACACUCCAGCAAAGGUUUGGAGCUCCUGCAAGCUCAAUGAUGGUUCGACGAACCUGAUGUCUCCUGGAAACGCUCAGGACAAGAACUGGAAUGGCGGUCGAGCCAUGAAGGAGACAACGGCUUUCCAGGAGAAGCUCUGGAAUUCAGUUGCCGGUAACGAUAGAUGUAGCGUUACACCCAGUGGAAUGCAGGACAAAUCAUGGAAUAUGUUUUCUGCUCCGGCCACUCCAUCUACCCCUUUAAAAUCAGAAAGCUGGGAUCCAUACAGUCUAGAUGACAAUAUGGAGGAGACUCCUUCCAAGAAAGAAGAGAACGAGGAGGAAGAGUGGUCAGACAGUGAGCACAACUUCCUGGAUGACAAUAUUGGAGGAGUUGCCGUAGCUCCAGCCCAUGGCUCCAUUCUGAUAGAGUGUGCAAGGAGAGAGCUUCAUGCCACCACCCCCCUGAAGAAGCCCAACCGUUGUCACCCAACCCGCAUUUCAUUGGUAUUCUACCAACACAAGAAUUUAAAUCAACCCAACCAUGGACUGGCACUCUGGGAAGCCAAGAUGAAGCUUCUGGCAGAGAGAGCGCGCUUAAGGCAAGAGGAAGCCGCCAGACUGGGCAUCAAAGAAGAAGUCAAAAGCCUUGGGAAGAAGAGAAAGUGGGGAGGUGCUGCCACUACGGAGACCCCACCGAUCGAUAAGAAGGACUUCACCCCAACUCGAGAUGCAGCUACUAGACUAACAAACUCUUAUACCACUUCAUCCAUGUAUGCCUAUACCAAGGUGACGGGACCAUACAAUCUUUUUAAAUGAGAUUAGCUGCCAUUGCGGCCAUCGUACCUCAACUCAUUGACGGCACUGUAAUCUAUGGUGCUAUUCGUGGUGCUUUUUUACUUGUGUACAGCCGGGAAUCCUGUACACAUCUCCCAGGACUUAACCUUCAGCAAGAGAACUUUAACUGUAUCAUUUUUUUCCAAUUAAUCUUAAAAAGAUUUAUAUCUACAUUUUUUUUAUAAAAAAACCUACUGUUGUACAACAGAUGAUAAGAAAACACAGAAAAAUCAUGGCAUCCUUUUACCACACACACACAGAAAUAGAUUUUUAAUUGCAUUGAAACAUAUAUUUAUUGGAUUUUUAUAGAACAACAAUGGUGCAGAAGCUGCGGCCCGAAAUGUGGAAAUAUUUUUUUUAAACUACAAGGAAUGACAAACGACCAUGACGAUGCUGGCAGAUUUUAUUUGAUUUGAUUUUCUUUUUAGCAGAUGGUAAUCACUAUACGGGCGAGACCACGGAUGCAGCAUCCCUUGUGAUGUCACUUCCUGUCGGUCCAAUGAUGGGCGAGACCACGGAUGCAGCAUCCCUUGUGAUGUCACUUCCUGUCGGUCCAACGAUGGGCGAGACCACGGAUGCAGCAUCCCUUGUGAUGUCACUUCCUGUCGGUCCAAUGAUGGGCAAGACCACAGAUGCAGCAUCCCUUGUGAUGUCACUUCCUGUCGGUCCAACGUUGGGCGAGAUCACGGAUGCAGCAUCCCUUGUGAUGUCACUUCCUGUCGGUCCAAUGAUGGGCAAGACCACGGAUGCAGCAUCCCUUGUGAUGUCACUUCCUGUCGGUCCAAUGAUGGGCGAGACCACGGAUGCAGCAUCCCUUGUGAUGUCACUUCCUGUCGGUCCAACGAUGGGCGAGACCACGGAUGCAGCAUCCCUUGUGAUGUCACUUCCUGUCGGUCCAAUGAUGGGCGAGACCACGGAUGCAGCAUCCCUUGUGAUGUCACUUCCUGUCGGUCCAACGUUGGGCGAGACCACGGAUGCAGCAUCCCUUGUGAUGUCACUUCCUGUCGGUCCAAUGAUGGGCAAGACCACGGAUGCAGCAUCCCUUGUGAUGUCACUUCCUGUCGGUCCAAUGAUGGGCGAGACCACGGAUGCAGCAUCCCUUGUGAUGUCACUUCCUGUCGGUCCAACGAUGGGCAAGACCACGGAUGCAGCAUCCCUUGUGAUGUCACUUCCUGUCGGUCCAAUGAUGGGCGAGACCACGGAUGCAGCAUCCCUUGUGAUGUCACUUCCUGUCGGUCCAACGUUGGGCGAGACCAUGGAUGCAGCAUCCCUUGUGAUGUCACUUCCUGUCGGUCCAACGUUGGGCGAGACCAUGGAUGCAGCAUCCCUUGUGAUGUCACUUCCUGUCGGUCCAAUGAUGGGUGAGCUGUGCACGGAAUUCUGUCACCUACAAAGCAGUAAUACAGAUGUGUUGGGAAAUGCUACAGAAAGCAGCAAUCUUUCCAUUUUAAAUCUAUUUAUAACUUAAUUAAAACGACUUAAAAGUCGGAUGAAAGGAAUAAAUUAUUCUCAGCCUUCAGAGCUUUUAUAAUGCCCACAUUGGAGAUUGACUUUUUAUUUUUGCUGCUUUUAAUUUUCAUGCCAAAAUGAAAUGAUAAUCGGACACUUUAUGGACACAUCUGUCUUCCUGUCUUCUGGGUUCCCAUCACAUGAUGAUAAUCACAGGUUCUGAUGCUUCUAAAGAUGAAACUUUGCUUUUAGUUUUGGUUGGAAUAGGAAUCCCAACGGUCAGGAUUUGUCUUCUGCUUCCUGCUGGGGAGAUUUAUCUUGACUUCCUGUCUGGUAGACACAACAGGAAGUGGGAGGAAAUCUCACCAAAGUGAUAGACAUCACUGUGCCAGGUGUCCCCACUGGAAGAUUUCCCUUCCUUCCUCUUCUGGUGACAUUGGCUUUACCCUCAAUGACCCCCCAGAGAAGAGUGAAUCUCCCCAGCGGGGACUAGACAUGUGCAGUUCGUUUUAGAAUUAAUAUUCGGACAAAUUUUUUCAUAUUCUGAGAUUCGGAUUCAGCAGAAUACCCGGAUUACAGUAUUAAAGAAAGUUUACCGGAUUCUCCCGAAUAACGAAACACAAUUUGUCUGAAUUUCCAAAAUUCUAAUUAAAAUUUUACAUUGAAUUCCAUUUGAAUUUGAACUUUUUUCUGAAAUCAAAGACUCUCCGUUAUUAGGGGACGUUUCUGUUUUUGUUACAGAAAGACAAAAGUAAAACUAAAGGCAACAUUUAUAUUACAAAGAAGUGUUGCCUUCAGUUCUACUUUAAUCAUUGAAAUCAUUUGCUGAAGAUUUUUCUUUUGUUUGUUCAAUUUGCCGAAUUUGAACUGAAAAAAAUAUAAAAUUUUCGAUUGGACCGAAAUUUAUCGAUUCAAAUGUUUUAAAAUCAAAACCAAAUCUGUGAAUUAGAAAGAAGAAAUAAAAGGAGUUCCGAAUACAAAAUAUCGAAAUGCACAGGUCUAGUGGGGACACAUAAACCUGGCGGGGGCACUAACCCUUCCCUAUUCUAUCCGAGGCUUUAGCUUUAGACGGACUUUGUGUAAUGAGAAGGGCUGCUGUAUCUCACAUCCAAUGAAAACUGUGAAUAGAUAGGUGCCUGUGUAUUUUAUUCAUAGUAUAUAUGGUGCUGGUGGACUGGGGCAUUCUCUGUUUCAUUAAAAUCAGUGGUGCGUCACGCA